AUGGACCUGAAGCUGCGUGGUGCUGGGCCAGCGCCGGGUGACUGUGGUGAGACACCAAAAUUCAAAACUAUGUCAACCAUAGUUGAGUAUAACCCCCCUGUUAUUAACCGGUUUGCAGUGGAAUAUGUGUGUAACCCAGGAUACAAGCUUAUUGAUCCUGAGCAACCCAUGAUUACUGUUUGUGAACCUGAUGGCACAUAUAAUCCUCCUCUCCAGGAAGGUUGUACAGAUGCCUGUUGUGAGCUGCCAAGAUUUGAAUCUAUGAAACCCCAGGGUGAUCCUACACCCCCUUACAAUCCUGGGUACCAGGUAAAAUAUGAGUGUCGCCCAGGAUACAGGCGUCGUUUUCCUGUUCUUCCAUCCUCUGCUGUUUGUCAGACUGAUAACACCUGGGCACCUCCUCUCCAGGAGGCCUGUACAAAAAAGUCAUGUCCACAGCCAAGAGAACCUCCAAAUGGCAAAAUAGUCUACAUUAGUGAAACUCUGGAGUUUGGCGCACAAGCUCACUAUGCUUGUAAUGAGGGUUAUUCCUUAGUUGGCACAAAAAUUCUACAUUGUGAACUCUCUGGAAACGAUGUGGAAUGGAGUGAGGAGCCACCACAUUGUGAAAAGAUUUUGUGUCAACCACCUCCACAAAUACCCAAUGGAGAAUUCACCAAUAGCCACAAAGAUAUAUUUGAAUAUAAUGAAGAAGUAACGUACAGUUGUAAGCCUUCAGAUGGGCCAGAUGAAUAUUCCCUUGUUGGAGAGAGCAAGCUUGUUUGUUCUGGGCGAAACCAAUGGAGCCCUGACCCUCCUGAGUGUAAAGUCGUCAAAUGUGAAUAUCCGGCGCUGGAGAAUGGGAGACUGGCGUCAGGAUUUGGAAAAAAAUUUCAGUACAAAUCGGAGGUUACUUUUGAGUGCUUGGAGGGAUUUUACCUGGAAGGCAGCAGCACUAUUGUCUGUGGAGCCGACAGUACUUGGGAGCCUAAGAUCCCUAAAUGUAUUAAAGGUACAAACUUUCCAUUAAUUCUGGAAUUUCUUCACCUUUCAGUCGUCAAAUGUGAAUAUCCGGCGCUGGAGAAUGGGAGACUGGCGUCAGGAUUUGGAAAAAAAUUUCAGUACAAAUCGGAGGUUACUUUUGAGUGCUUGGAGGGAUUUUACCUGGAAGGCAGCAGCACUAUUGUCUGUGGAGCCGACAGUACUUGGGAGCCUAAGAUCCCUAAAUGUAUUAAAGGGAAAAACUUCCAGUCUUUUACCAUCAAGUAUGAUGUUAGCUAUAGGUUUGUCAUAAAUGGGCCUUAUUAUAUUGAAAUUACUCAGCAUUACAGAAUAACCUCAAAACCAUUUAUUAAGUUCUCCUGUAUUGCCUAA